AAUAUAAAACCAAUGGUGACAAACCAGAUUCUGAAAUAUCGUACGGCAUCUGCUUGUGUGAACUUGUGUCUAAUAGACUUAAUUUUUAAAUAGCUUCAUCAAAUAUUAUUUUAAAAGCUUUUAAUUUUCAAAAUGACUUCAUAUACGGAUAAAGGGAGAAAACCGGAAAAUGGGAAAUUCCUCGCCUUCGACCAUCUCACAUUCUGGGUGUCCAACGCAAAGCAAGCUGCCAGUUACUACGUAACACGGUUUGGCUUCGAGCCUCUCGCCUUCUCAGGACUAGAGACUGGCUCCCGGAAGAUAGCCUCUCAUGCCGUCAGAAUGAACAAGAUCGUCUUCGUAUUCCAAGCUCAAUAUGAGCCUGAAGAGUCAGUGUUUACCAACGAGGUGGCGUACCACGGCGACUUCGUCAAGGACGUGGCCUUCCAAGUGGAGAACUUGGACUAUAUAGUGGAGUACGCCAGGAGGCAGGGAGCCGUCGUCGUGAGGGAUGUGUGGGAGGAGAGAGAUCAGUAUGGAGUGGUCCGAAUGGCUACUUUGAAGACUUAUGGAGACAAUACCCACACCUUGGUGGACAGAUCAAGAUACAGAGGACCAUUCUUACCGGGAUACCAACUGACGGACAAGGAUCCAAUAAAUAAACAUUUGCCCAAAGUUGAGAUCAACUUCAUUGACCACGUGGUGGGCAACCAGCCUGACAACGAGAUGGAGACAGCCGCCUCCUGGUACGAGAGGUGUCUGCAGUUCCACAGAUUCUGGUCAGUAGACGACAAGCAAGUGUGCACAGAGUACUCGGCACUUCGUUCGGUGGUGAUGGCGAAUUAUGAGGAGAAUGUCAAGAUGCCCAUCAACGAACCAGCGCCGGGGAAGAAGAAGAGCCAGAUCCAGGAGUACGUGGAGUACCAUGGUGGAGCUGGCGUGCAGCACAUCGCUAUUAACACUGAGGAUAUCAUUACAGCGAUUGAAAACCUGCGCGCACGCGGCGUAGAAUUCCUCACGAUACCGUCAAAAUACUACAAACUGAUACGCGAUCAACUAGCACACAGUAAAGUGCGAGUGGCAGAGAGCAUAGACGUUUUGGAGAGACUGAACAUACUAAUAGACUACGACGACGAUGGGUAUUUACUGCAGAUCUUCUCCAAGAACACGCAGGACAGACCGACGCUGUUCAUUGAGGUUAUACAGAGGAGGAAUCACAAUGGCUUUGGAGCUGGCAACUUCAAGACGCUGUUCGAAUCGUUAGAGAUAGAACAAGAGAGACGCGGAAACUUGUGAUUUCGAAAUUAAAUUCAAAACUAGCACGGUCUUUUAUUUGAUGCGGCUGACGUUUCGAAUGAAGUUCAUCGUGGUCGCAGCCAGACUGCAACUCAUAAAUAUUGUCAUAUAGACUAGAUUUAACUGUUUCAAAUAGCCUGUCGUUGUUUAUUCCACUAAUGACCACCCAGGUGACAGAACCUAGGUUAUCAUAUUCUAAAUGUUGUGUCCUGACAUAUCAUCGGGUGAUGAAAGUGGAAUAACAGAUUGUGAUCUGCGUAAGCUUUUUAAUUAAAUUGAAAAAAUAAUUAUCUAUAUCCUAAUAAUCCCUUGGAUUGGACUUCCUUGGAUGUCCCGUAGAUUCAUCAAUCUAAGAGUCAUCCAAGGGAAUUAAGGGAACUCCAAGGGAAUUAUGGAAAAGAAGGGGAAUCUAUAAUUUGUUUUUUUUUUUUAAAUAAAAAUCUUAUUAAAUGUGAA